UGGAGAAACUACAACUUUUGCCUCUCCCAAAGGGCUUUCUUUUCUUUCUAAUGGAGAAUGGAUCCGCUACCUUCUUAUUGCGAGAAUGUUGCGAUUAAUAAGGCUUUUGAUGCACGUUCAACGCUACAGAGCUUUUAUAGCAACAUUCUUGACCCUGAUACCAAGUUUGAUGCCAUACCUUGGGACUCUCUUCUGUAUUCUGUGCAUUUAUUGCUCCCUUGGUUUACAGGUUUUUGGUGGGAUUGUGAAUGCUGGAAAUUCUGAUCUGGAUGGAACAGAUCUUGCUGAAAAUGACUAUCUUCUUUUCAAUUUUAAUGACUAUCCAAAUGGUAUGGUGACUCUUUUCAAUUUGUUAGUCAUGGGAAAUUGGCAAGUGUGGAUGCAGGGCUAUAAAGAACUGACUGGAACAUCUUGGACCCUUGUAUACUUUAUCAGUUUUUACCUCAUAACAGUCUUGCUGAUUCUUAAUCUGGUCGUAGCAUUUGUUUUGGAGGCAUUUUUCACUGAAAUGGAACUUGAAACAAGCAAACCCGAGGAAGAGGGCAAGGAAGCGGGGAGGCAGGAUCUACGGCGGUCUGUUGGCUCAAAAACACGAAGCCAAAGAGUUGAUGUCCUUCUUCAUCAUAUGUUGAGUGCAGAGCUGAAUGAAACACAGAUUUCCAAUGCAUAGAUCUCUGUCAUUCUUGAUUGCUGAGCUACAGGUUUUCCCUGUCCUGUGAUCAUACAACCAGUUGGUUACCAUAAAAUGGAUGGAAAAGAUAAUCUUGAGUUGGAGGUCUAUUCCCUUGAACAUCAGGUGUACUGAGUAUACCUAAGAUGUGUCUUUGUUGCAUUGUAAUAUCUCCAUGUAUCAUGCAAAGUUUUCUUUUUUCUUUGUUUUUGUUUCUUUCUUUUCUGAUAAUUCCAUCAUGCAAUGUAGUUUAAUAAAAAUAAACAAGCUGUAAACCUCUAUUGUAUUCAGAGCAGGUUUUCUCUGUAAUGUAAGAAACAUUACAAAACCAACUAACAUGAACUUAAUCCUUGGUUUCCAUC